AUGAAAGAUCCCUUGCGGCCCGGUCUGCAGCCGGUCUCCCAACUCAAGACCGGACCAACAACCUCGAGCACUCAGCCGGGCACGCUGCUCUCCCCAGGGCAGCCGCCUUUGAUACGACCCUCGUCGCGGUUGCGAGUUCAAAGAGCGUCCUCACGGGAGGAAACAUAUGAUUCUGCAAGCGAAAAGGCUACCCUUGAUUUGAUCCGACGAGUCCUUUACCCCCAAACCAGUAGCGGGCAUGGCGCGUCCUCUCCGCAACCAGCAGAGGAGCUCCUCCCUCCCCUCACGAGCUCCAAUGACGUGGACCAUCAACUCUACGCCAUCCUUGCAGUGAUAAUGAAAGACUUUGUCUAUUCGUGGUACUCGAAGAUCACUCCCGAUCAAGCUCUCGUUAACGAAGUCCUCCAAGUUGUUGCCCACUGCACCAGAGCUCUGGAACAACGUAUCCGACGGAUUGAUAUCACACAGCUGAUCUUGGAUGAAAUCCCUGCCUUGGUGGAAACACACAUCAGCUCAUAUCGUCUUUCCAAAGAGCGGUCAAGUUUAUCUGGAUUGCCCACGUCACGUCGAGCGCUCUACCAUGAGUUGAAUCCACAUCCAGGGCUAGUACCGAUUCCAGAUCCAGCAGAUCCUGAAACGAUCACUGCACAGACGGAAAAUGAGGCCAUGUAUCGGAGACUUCUGGCCAGCGGGACCCUCGCCGUUCUGCUGCCAACCGAAGAUUUGGGUAAUAGCAGUCUGAGGCACCUCGUGGGCGACAUCAUUUCAGAUCUGAUCUUAGGAAAACAAGUUGCCGGUCGAGUCUGCCAAAGCUGGUUCCUGUGGGAAACGAUCGGCAAAGCCGCCGAGGCAGGACAGCGUCGAGGUGCAAGCAACGGUGCCAAUGCUCCCACUGACGCUGCCGCCAGCCAGCUUGAUAGAUUUGGUCUAUUACAGGAUGACGAUCCUUCAUCUAUCACCGAUAACAGUCGUCAGUCGCAUGCAACCGUCUGGUUAUGGGCCAUUCUUCAAAACCUUUACCUUGGGUACCUCGGCCUUCGUUUCCUGGUGACUGGUCUGUUUCGUGUCGCAUCGGGCUCCAAAAAGGCAGUUUCUCGUGGUUGCAGUGUCUCAGGUCCCACUGCCACGUCAGAUACUCUCAUGCCCCCGAAUCCGAAAGCUUCGCCAUUUGAAGGCGCUACGACUAAAAUUCCGGUCCUGAACUAUCGACUGUACUCGAUGAUUUCGCAACUGCUUGGUAUCUCGCACCGGCUGCCCUGGCUCUCAGGAACACUGGCGCUUGCCCAACAUAUGAUUCUGGCUGGCCCAGGGAAGCUUGGACAAGCGGACGGAACACUUGACAGAUUUCUACGGGAAACGAUUGAGACGUACCUUUUGCCCCCCACUUUGUUGCCCAACCUCUUGAUUGCAACGCGGUCUGCCCUUGUCCCAGCCAAGGCCCGUUCGGUCGCUCCGACAGUGACUGGUGGUACUGGUGCAGCCUCGCUCUCAGCUUCCCAGCCAGCUAGUCAGGUACAGGCGCUGGCGUCCGGUGGGCAGGUGGCACCCGUCACGGUUGCUACGGCUGGAAUCCCCACUUCCGCGGCGGAACGCAGUCAGGGUGGCGGACCAGUCGGUCGCAAGAUCCUGAGUGAUAGCACUCUCAGCAUUAAAAGCAACGAUGAGCUGGGCACCGGUCAGAUCCGUCCAGAUGGCGAUUCUGCUCUGGGAAAGGCGGUAGAAGCAUACCGCUCACCUGCCCCAGUCCCAGGAAUCACCCUGGACGCUCACUCACCCGGGCAAUCUUCUCCGGAAAAUACCCCCAAACAGAUGAAUCACGAUGGCCCCUCGACUGCGGAGAUCGCUGCCAUCAAGCGGAGGUGUGCAACCUCUCUGUUGGCCGUGAUCCCGCGCAGUGUCGCACGAAAACUCUUUGGCGUGGUGCUGUCGCCUCAAGACGAUCGUACCUACAGCAACAAGAGCAGCGAAGGCAACACCGAGUCCCUUUCCUCCUUCAACGCGGGUGACUCGAGUUCAUCUGCUACGCCUGACGAGGAGUCUGAGGAGGCGCAUCUCCUGCAUGCGAUUGAGGAGGACUUUUUGGAUCUCAUGUCGGAUGAGUAUUGUAAUAAGCACUUGGUCUAUUCGAUUGUCGAGACUGUGCUGGCCAGAAUUCUCCCCGAGCUUACUGAGCGCAGUGUUGCCGAAAUCAUGGAAGAUCGGGGUGUUACUUUUGUCCCUGGGACUUCUGAAGCGUGA